AUGUUAACAAAAACACAACCCAAACAGAUACUAAAAGCAAUGGCAUUAGGUGUUGGUGUUAACAUAAAAAUAAGCAAAACACAUCAGACAUGUCAUACAGCAUGGGGGUUCUUUAUUCAGUACACUCCUUAUUUUGGGUGCUAGAUUACUACUAGUGGUGGCUGUAACGAUAGCUAAACAGGCGGUCAGGUACCAAAACAUCAACUUAUAUUUAACCCAAGAACAGAGCUACAAUUUACUAUGCUAACAACAUGGCCGACACACGAGGAAGCUGUUCCUAAGAUGCCAUGCGGCCGCAGGAAGCUCAAUGCUUCAUGUAAGCGUACUCGUUACAGUGGCAAAGAAGAUACUGCCUGGUCUUGCAACUGAUGCUCUCGGUAGUUUGGGUGGUUUUGCUAUGGUUAAGAUGUUAAAGAGAGGUAGAGAACAAACAGGUGGUUAUAUGAUACCCAUUGAUAAAAUAGUACAACUUGUACUCUAUCAAAAUAUGCUUACCACGUAUAAUAAACUAGCAGAAGCUAUUAGGUUAGGAAGUCCUUUUAUUAUCAAAGAAACAAAGAAACAAAGAAACAAAGUGUUGGUUUCCUUGGUACAUUGCUUUCGAGUCUUGGUGCUCCUCUUUCAUUGA